AUGGACGUUGCGGCAGCACUUCCCCCACCGUAUUGUUGUCCUGAAGCGUAUCCUCCUCCAGAAGACGAGGAAUAUUGGGAGUCUGAAGAUGAGGCAGAGCCGCCGCCGCCGCCGCCGCCGCCGCCCCCAGCAGAGGAGGAGGAGGAGGAAGAGGAGGACGAGAGGGAGCCGCCGCCGCCGAGGGAUGAUGAGAGGGAGCCGCCGCCGCCGCCGCCGCCGCCGAGUGAUGAUGACGAGAAGGAGCCCCCUGCAUCGCUGCCACCGCCGAAGGAUGAUGACGAGAAGGAGCCCCCUGCAUCGCUGCCACCGCCGAAGGAUGAUGAGAAGGAGCCCCCUCCAUCUCCGCCGCCGGUUGAGGAGGAGGAGGAGAAAGAGGACGAUGGCUGA